AUGCUAUGCAGUAGGCUUGAUACUAUCCUUCCUUCGUUGAUUAACUCUAAUCAAGGUGCUUUUAUAAAGCAUAUAUCUCUUGCCUAUAAUGUUCUCAUAUUUCAAGAUUUGAUAAAGGGUUAUAAUAGGAAAAAUAGCUCACCUAGAUGUGUUAUGAAGAUUGACCUUAAUAAAGCCUAUGAUUCAAUUGAUUGGGACUUCUUGGAGAAUUGGCUAAAAGCUCUAUGCUUUCCUAGUAAAUUUAUCUGUUGGAUCAUGAUUUGCUUGAGAGGUACCUCCUACUCAUUACUGUUAAAUGGUAGAAUCCAAGGUCACUUUCAGGGAGGUAAAGGGCUUAGGCAAGGGGAUCCUAUUUCUCCUUUGCUUUUUGUCAUUGUGAUGGAUUACCUUACUCGAAUGUUCCUCAAAGCUUCCAAGGAUAAAGGAUUCAGAUUUCAUCCUAUGUGCAAAUCUCUCAAUCUUGUUAAUCUUUGCUCUGCGGAUGAUUUACUUAUUUUUUGCAAGGCUAAUCCUCAAUCUGUCCAGAUCUUGCACUCAGCUCUUACUGAGUUUUCCUUGACUUCAGGUCUUUCUAUUAACCUUAGUAAGUCCCGUAUUUACCUUGGUGGGCUGACUGAUGCAGCUAAGGAGGAUGUGUUGAACUGUACUAAUCUGCAGGAGGGAUCUUUUCCACUGAAGUAUCUUGGUGUCCUUCUUAGACCUAGCAAAUGCAAAGCAUCUGACUUUGAAAUAAUCCUCAAGAAGAUUAGAUUAUGUCUUAAUUCCUGGGCCAGCGGAAACUUAUCUUAUGCUAGUAAAACUCAGUUAAUCCAGUCUGUCUUAAUGGGAAUUAGGAAUUAUUGGAUGAACAUUUUUCUAUUGCCUCAACAUGUGGUUAGAAAUAUUGAUCGUUUGUGUAGGAAUUUCUUGUGGGGUAUGAAGGGAACCCGCAGCAAAUUUCACCUGGCAUCUUGGGAUUUUGUCUGUCGUCCUAAAGCUUAUGGAGGGCUCAGUUUGAAUAAGUAUGCUUCGUUGCAUGAUGAGUUUGUACAACAAAGGAAAGAGGAAGAUGGUGGUAAGACAAAGAAUGAGGUUGAUAGGUAUCUAAUUGAGGAUGUUGAACCUAUGAUUGAGGGUGUCAACUUCGGCAUUUUGAAAUGGUGGGCCGGAAAUGCAUUCAAGUACAAGAUCUUGUCAACCAUUGCUCGUGAUGUUUCACAUCAACCAAUCAUUGUUCGAGAGUACAUGAAUGAAAAUGAAGUUCUAGAGACAUCAGAGAUUCUGGAGUCUGAGAUCACAGGUGAUAGUGAUACUACAACUGCUGGAGCUAGUGGUAGUGAAAAUAUUUCCGCUUCAUCUUUUGGUUCUAUUAAUGCUCCAUCUACAGCCUCAUUAGCUGCACAUGGAACUGAUUGA